AUGCACAAAGACUCUCAGCAGCAUCAGCAGCUCGUUCGCCGCCAUCGAGAUGAUAAUGCGACAAGCUCUCCGUCUCCCCCGACGAAACGCACGCGCGCAUUGAAUAUUGAUGAUUCACAAACACCGAUACCCCGUAUACCGCCUGACAUUGACGGUGGCGCGCACGAAGUCAUGUCCCGCCUCGCUGUCGAGAUUGGAUCCCAUCAUUUGUCGCCAUGGACGCCUCACCCAUGGUUCCUGUCGGUUCCCCAGCUUGCGCUUUCGUCUGAUAUUCAGUCAAAGAUGCUAGUACUGCCAUUUCGCGCCAUGGCGGUGGCCUUCAAGGCCCUGGGUGGGCGCGAUGCGAAGCUGAGAGCAGAGGCGUACCGAUACUACUCCAACGGCUUGGCGCGUCACCAGGCUCAGCUUCAGCAUUUCGGCCCAUCUCAGAAGCGCCAGCGCCUUGCUUCGAUUCUCAACCUCCUCCUCAUGUCGAUGGCACUGCUGGAGUUUGAGAUGAUGGCUCCUCUUGCUAAUGAUUCUUGGUUUCCGCAUGCUUAUGGCGCGUUGACCCUCUUGGAACAAGUUGGGCCUGAGGGCUGCCAGGAGUCGCCAUUUUUCGAAAUCUUCUGGCAGUUACGAUACUUCAUGUCUUACGUGGCACUGGCUACUCGCAAGAUGUCAUUCCUUGGGUCGCGACCCUGGAGGGAGAUACCCUUUCGACGCCGCGGCAAAACCGAGUUUGACUGCGUCAUUGAUACUCUACUCCUUGUUUAUAUCCAACAGGAAACGGGGGCCUUGUCGGACAUUGAGCCCAAACAAUACCAGAGAGUCGGAAAGAAAUCGGGCUCCGGACCACGAGAACUCAAGUCCUCCGACCAAAGCCAACUCACCAACCCCGAGCGUAUAGUUCGGAUUCUCGCUAACCUUCGAGAGCUCGUAUUAGCAUGCAAAGUCGAUGCUGGUCCCAAGUGCCAGGAAAGUAUAUCAAAGGCCAUCCUUUCAGAUUCCAAACACCUGAUGAAUCAACCGUGCCUGCCGUUCAACGUCGGGCUCCAAGUCACGGCCGCGGUAAAUUUGGUGGCUCGUUAUGCGUUGGAUUCUGUGCAAAAACAAGAGGCAGAAACGCUUUGUGCCGACUGGCGCAGUCGGGUUGCUUUGACAUGA